GUGAUGAUGACUUCCCUGGAGAGAGGGCGUCUCCUGCCCCUCGCUGUCUUCUUCUUCCUGUCCAUCGUUCCCGUGGUAGCUGAAGUGGUGAACUCGGUGUCAGACUGUGACGAGUUUCUUCUUCGUGGAACCCCGCCUCGGGUCCCGGGCAUUUUGGAGGACGGCGGCAUUGUGGACCCGGAGAGAUACAAACCCAUUUGCCAGAUUUACAAGAACCAGAGACGGUUUGUGACGCUCUACGACACCCGGAACAGGAUCCCGGUGUUUUCUGCUUACAAGUACAGAGGAAGACAAAAUAUUAAAAAAACACGCAGACCUCCUUGGAAGAUGGAGCCACAGUACGUGAUGACUUCCCCGGAGAGAGGGCAUCUCCUGCCCCUCGCUGUCUUCCUCUUCCUGUCCAUCGUUCCCAUGGUAACUGAAGUGGUGAACUCAAUAUCCGACUGUGACGAGUUUCUUCUUGGAAGAACGCCGCCACAGGUCCCGGGCAUCUUGGAGGGAGGGAGGAUCCGGAACCAGAACCGAUACAAAAUCAUUUGCCAGAUUUACAAGAACCAGAGACGGUUUGUGACGCUCUACGACACCCAGAACAGGAUCCCAGUGUUUUCUGCUUACAAGUUCAGAGGAGGACAAAAUAUUGAAAACACACGCAGACCUCCUUGGCGGACAGAGAAAGAGUUUAAAGACACCAACAACAUGUGCGAUGGCAAAACAUACCGCAACCAGGCCACUAAUGACGAUUAUGGAGUCAAUAAAAGCUAUAACAGGGGCCAUUUAUUUCCAAAGUCGUAUGCAUUCGAUUUAGAUGAACAAAAGUCAACGUUCACUCUGACGAACGCCGUUCCACAAGUAGUGUCUUUCAACGGGGGCAGCUGGGAAAAAAUGGAGACCUGCACCAAAUGCAUCCUGGAAAAGUACUGCAACAACAGUAAUAAUAAGAAAGAAGCCUUCUUAGUGACCGGGGCACAGCCCAGCGAGGACACCACACUUAACAACAGGGUUAAUAUUCCUUCCAUGCUCUGGUCAGCGUUCUGCUGUUACAGUAAGGACAAGAAGAAGUGGCUGGCGAGCGCACACUGGGGCGACAAUGUUGACACUCAACCUGAGUAUCUGCAGACAAAGACUCUGGCUGAACUCCAGGAAACACUGAGUACAGUGACAUCAAGAUUUGAGACGUUUCCCCGGACCCGGUGUCCUCUCCACACCACUGUUGCUGAGUUUUACCCCGAAUUUGGUAAAGAAUGCAAAUGCCCACCCCAAGCGUCAACCACAUCGGCCCCUCCCACCACCACGACUAGGAAUCCAACAACUGCUGCUUCUCCAAGUAGCACCACUAUACCCACAACUACAAGUUCACCAACAACCACAGUCCCUACUACUACUUCUACUACUACAGUCCCUUCUACUACUUCUACUAGUACAGGAGCUGCCACUACAACAACCACAGUCCCUACUACUACUUCUACUACUACAACAACCACAGUCCCUACUACUACUUCUACUACUACAACAACCACAGUCCCUACUACUACUACUACUACUACUUCUACUACUACAGUAGCUUUCACUACAACAACCACAGUCCCUACUACUACUACUUCUACUACUACUACAAGAGCUACCACUACAACAACAACAAAGAAAAAAGAUAAUUCAGAAAAUGGUGAAGGACCAGAAAUAGAAGGUGGUGGUGGGGGUGUUGGUGGUGUUGGUGGGGGUGUUGGGGGUGUUGGUGGUGGGGUAGCUGGUGUUAUCGUUGGUAUUGUCAGUGGAAUAAUUGGUGCUAUUGGUGGUGCUGUCCAUGGUGGGGUUGGUCGAACAGGUCCUACUACGUCUCAAACUGACAUUAGAACAUCUGCUCCUCCUGUUUCUACAUCUGAUUAUACCUCCACCACAACUAGCUUCUUAGGUACUACUACUACUACUGGUACUCCAAGUAGUACCACGAUACCUACAACUACAGACACACCAACAACUACCGUUACAUUAACAACCACUGCUUCACCAAUCACAACUCUCCCAUCAACUAUAACAGAUCCAACUAUUGAACCCCAAACUAACUCAACUACCCAGACAUCAACAACCUUUAUUCCGGCAACUUCUGAACCCCAAACUAACACCUCCUACCAGACAUCAACAACCUUUAUUCCGGCAACUUCUGAACCCCAAACUAACACCUCCAACCAGACAUCAACGGCCUUUAUUCCGGCAACUUCUGAACCCAAAACUAACACCUCCAACCAGACAUCAACGGCCUUUAUUCCGGCAACUUCUGAACCCCAAACUAACACCUCCGACCAGACGUCAACGGCCUUUGUUCCGGCAACUUCUCAACCCCAAACUAACACCUCAGACCAGACGUCAACGGCCUUUGUUCCGGCAACUUCUCAACCCCAAACUAACACCUCCUACCUGACAUCAACGGCCUUUGUUCCGGCAACUUCUAAACCCCAAACUAACACCUCCGACCAGACAUCAACGGCCUUUAUUCCGGCAACUUCUGAACCCCAAACUAACACCUCCGACCAGACGUCAACGGCCUUUGUUCCGGCAACUUCUCAACCCCAAACUAACACCUCAGACCAGACGUCAACGGCCUUUGUUCCGGCAACUUCUCAACCCCAAACUAACACCUCCUACCUGACAUCAACGGCCUUUGUUCCGGCAACUUCUAAACCCCAAACUAACACCUCCGACCAGACAUCAACGGCCUUUGUUCCGGCAACAUCUGAACCCCAAACUAACAUCUCCAACCAGACAUCAACGGCCUUUAUUCCGGCAACUUCUGAACCCAAAACUAACACCUCCAACCAGACAUCAACGGCCUUUAUUCCGGCAACUUCUGAACCCCAAACUAACACCUCCGACCAGACGUCAACGGCCUUUGUUCCGGCAACUUCUCAACCCCAAACUAACACCUCAGACCAGACGUCAACGGCCUUUGUUCCGGCAACUUCUCAACCCCAAACUAACAACUCCUACCUGACAUCAACGGCCUUUGUUCCGGCAACUUCUAAACCCCAAACUAACACCUCCGACCAGACAUCAACGGCCUUUAUUCCGGCAACUUCUGAACCCCAAACUAACACCUUCUACCAGACAUCAACAACCUUUAUUCCGGCAACUUCUGAACCCCAAACUAACACCUCCAACCAGACAUCAACGGCCUUUAUUCCGGCAACUUCUGAACCCCAAACUAACACCUCCGACCAGAUGUCAACGGCCUUUGUUCCGGCAACUUCUGAACCCCAAACUAACACCUCCGACCAGACGUCAACGGCCUUUGUUCCGGCAACUUCUCAACCCCAAACUAACACCUCAGACCAGACGUCAACGGCCUUUGUUCCGGCAACUUCUAAACCCCAAACUAACACCUCCAACCAGACAUCAACGGCCUUUAUUCCGGCAACUUCUGAACCCCAAACUAACACCUCCAACCGGACAUCAACAAGAUUUUUUCCGGCAACUUCUGAACCCCAAACUAACACCUCCGACCAGACAUCAACGGUCUUCGUUACGGGAACUUCUGAACCCCAAACUAACACCUCCGACCUGACAUCAAUGGCCAUUAUUCCGGCAACUUCCGAACCCCAAACUAACACCUCCGACCAGACGUCAAUGGCCUUCGUUCCGGCAACUUCUGAACCCCAAACUAACACCUCCGACCAGACAUCAACGGCCUUUAUUCCGGCAACUUCUGAACCCCAAACUAACGUGACAGCUCAGUAAUAGCACUCUGUCUUCUUCAGCCCCUUCAACAUCCUCUUACGUGUUAUGUGCAUGCAUAUCUUUUUAUAUUGUUUUUCUGAUACAUGAUUAAUUGCUAGACAUGUACAAUCAUACUGGACGAUGGAAAUAUCCAGAAACAGUAGAACGAGGUCUAGAGGCACUUUCUCAAUUAAAAUUUAAUCUUAAUGUUUGGCUUAAUCUUAACAGUAGUUUGAUUUCCCUAAACUUGACCCUAAUCCUGUGGUUGCCAAGUGGUGAAAUUGCAUUAAAAUAUAUUUAAA